CGAAUAUAAAUAAAGGUGCGAAAUAUUAGUUAGUCAGCAGUUGUAUUUGCAAAGUUGUAUCAAUAACAAUAAAAUGAAAUUGGCAAUUGUAGUUUGUGUUGCACUAGUGAUAGUAGCAGUUUCUGCAGCACCGUCUGAUGAAAAAUAUACCUCAAAAUAUGAUAAUGUCAAUUUAGAUGAUAUUAUUAAAAGUGAUAGAUUGUUAAGAAAUUAUAUCGAUUGUCUUCUGGGAACCAAGAAAUGUACCAAAGAUGCUGAAGAAUUGAAAGGAGUUUUACCAGACGCAUUGAAAACCAAAUGUGCUAAAUGUACUGAUGCUCAAAAGGAAGGCGCUAAAAAGAUUUUACGACACUUGUUGAAAAAUAAACGAGAAUGGUUCAACGAACUCGAAGCUCAUUACGAUCCUGACCAUGUUUAUAUCAAGAGCUACGAAAAAGAACUCAAGGAAGAAGGAAUACAGGUGUAAAUUCAGGAUUCACAUUGUUACUUUCGUUGAUUAAACCAGUUUUGUUUGUUUUUUAAAUUAUUAUGUAGGUAUCAGUUUACCAAAAUAAAAAACAGCAUGCAGUAAAA